AUGAGCAAUACCUCAGCGAACCUGCAGCCGCCGCGCCAGCAGUCGCAACGAGCUCUUUCCGCCCAAGGCCACAGACAGAUCUUGCGCUCAGCUACACCUCAACACAAUACCCGCAGUGCGAGCCAUCCACACCCCAGCAGACAAUACAGCAAGGAUGCAAUCAUAAAAACCGUCGAGAAAAGAGCCAAAGAAGAUCCACCACCAGCUGAGCAAAUUUCUAAUGAUCCCAAUGCUAAGGGUGCAGGCUUCUCCUCCAGUACCCUGAAAUUCUCGGAUUUCGAAUUGCUUCAAACGUUGGGCACCGGCACGUUUGCAAGAGUUUGGCUAUGCAGGUUCAAACAUACCCAGAAGCCAGAAGAUCGCAACAAGGUCUUUGCGCUGAAGGUGCUCAAGAAGGUAGACGUGGUCAAGCUAAAGCAGGUCGAACAUGUGCGCAACGAGCGCAAUGUCCUUGCAGCUGUCGCGGGGCAUCCUUUCAUAACAGAGAUGCUGGCGUCCUUCUCUGACUCACACUCGCUAUACAUGCUGCUGGAAUACACUCCAGGAGUGCAGUUCUAUGCUGCCGAGAUCACAUUGAUUUUGGCAUAUUUACACGACGUACAAAAUGUUGCCUACCGCGAUCUAAAGCCCGAAAAUAUCCUCCUUGAUGGAGAUGGACAUCUCAAGCUAGUCGAUUUUGGCUUUGCAAAAUACCUGCCUCCGAAUCCAAACCCGCCGCAAGAUUCUUCGCUCGAAUUGCAGUCGACGUCUUCCUUACCAAGUCAAUCUAAUGGCUCUGCUGGUGCUGGUGGUCAGAACUCACAGUCUCAACAAACACAUGACAAACAUGGGUAUGGAGUCACGUAUACUCUCUGCGGCACACCUGAAUAUCUAGCCCCAGAAGUCAUCCGUAAUACCGGUCAUGGCACUGCAGUGGACUGGUGGGCUCUUGGUAUCCUCGUCUACGAAAUGCUUAUAGGACAGCCUCCAUUCUGGGAUCAGAACCCAAUGCGUAUCUACGAGCAGAUCGUACAGGGCCAUAUCCGUUUCCCGGUCGCUAAUCCUGCUCACGGACGGCAUAGUCUGCAUAUCCCACGAGUAGCACGAGAUUUCAUCUUAGCCCUUUGCAAAACGGAUCCUUCCGAACGACUCGGCCACAUAGCUGGUGGCAGUAAGAGAGUCAUGCAGCACCAUUUUUUUGAUGGUGUCAAUUGGGAUGAGAUCUACUACAGACGGAGAAGAGGUCCCAUCGUUCCUAGGGUGGAGUGGGCAGGAGAUGCUGGUAAUUUUGACGAGUAUCCCGAUCCACCUGAGGAUGUCGAAGAAAGCGAGGGCGGACGCGGUAAGUAUACCGACGAGAUGAGAAAGGACUGGGAUAUCGCUUUCCAGGAUUUCUGA